GAGCUGUAAAAAUCCAUGUGAGGGGAGAAAACUGCUUCUCUACCUCUCACGAUUUUUCUUCCUAACCCUAGGUUUCAAUCUCCUUUCUUUGGAAUUUUUCAAUAUCUCUUCAAGCAAUGGAGAGUAUUUCAGCAACGGAGAAGCAGAGCAUGGUCUCUUCCUUCCUUGAAAUCGCCGUAGGACAAUCAGCCGAGACUGCUUUGCAGUUCUUGCAGGCGGCGAGUUGGCAGCUCGAAGAAGCUAUUCAGUUGUUCUAUGUGGGAAAUGACGGUGAUGGAUUUGCGUCUCCUUCCUUCUCUAUGCCACCAAUUGAAGACGUUUCUCCAUUGCCCACUGAAAGUCUUGGUUUCUCUUCAUACAGUGGCCAGGAAAAAGAUCUUGGAGAUGAGCACUUGGUACAAGACGUUGGUAACAAAGAAGUACGCCCACCUCUACCUGUGAAAAGAGAAGUUCUCUAUGGCGAUGCCUCCCUGUAUAGAGAUCCAAGGGUCCCAUCUGCCGAAGGAAAUUCAUUGGUUGCUUUCCGUAACUUUGGUGAAGAGUUGAAACGUCCUGGUAUUUGGGACACAGAUCAAGGUUCUGCAUCAACAACAGAUAGUUCUCGUGAUAAUCUUGCAUCACUGUAUCGCCCUCCACUUGCCUUGAUGUACCAUGGACCUUUUGAAAAGGCAAAGAUAGAGGCUUCUCUUCAUGAUAAGUGGCUCCUAGUAAACUUGCAGUCAACGAAGGAGUUUAGCUCCCACAUGCUGAACCGAGACACGUGGGCAAAUGAAGCAGUAGCACAGACGAUUAAAACUAAUUUCAUAUUCUGGCAGGUCUACGAUGACACGAGUGAGGGAAAGAAGGUCUGCACCUACUACAAUCUGGUUUCAAUUCCUUCGGUUCUUGUCAUUGACCCUGUCACUGGGCAGAAAAUGCGUUCAUGGAAUGGCAUGAUUCAACCCGAUAGUCUGUUGGAGGAGUUACUGCCCUUCAUGGAUAGAGGCCCGAAGGACCAUCAUGUGGCCCUUCCUCAUAAACGUCCAAGGGAAAGUGCGCAUACUUCUAAGCACAAGAUACCACCAGUUGAAAAGGCCACCAAAGAAGAAGAUGAAGAUGAGGAGGUUCAACGGCCAUUGGCAACUUCUGUGGAGGACUCAAAAAAACCAGCAGAGUCGACGACCGACAGCGUCAGAGUGACCAAACUUGAGGAAGAAGAAAACUACUCGAGCAAAAAGCCUAUUUAUCCAUCUCUCCCCGAAGAACCGAAGGGAGACAGGAACCUUCUUUGUAGAGUUGGAAUCCGUCUUCCUAAUGGACAAAGACUUCAGAGGAAGUUCCUCCGUUCAGACCCGAUACAGCUGUUAUGGUCCUUCUGCUCCUCUCAACUGGAGGAAGGGGAAACCCGUCCAUUCUUCUUGAAGCAGGCAAUACCAGGGGCGUCAAAGUGUUUUGAUUAUGACAGUAAGGUAUCAUUUGAAGAAUCAGGCUUGUCAAAUUCCAUGAUUUAUGUUACUUGGGAAUGAGAGGCUUGGGUAGAAUCGUCACUUGGAAUGAAAUGGUCAGUAGAAUUUGUGUUCGGGCAUUGCUACAGCUUCUACAAAAUCUGCUGGCAGGAAUUUCUGUUACAAUUCCUCCCUUUGCCAUGUGCUUUGAUGUAUUUAAGUGACGAGUCUGGUAAUGACAGAUCAUGCUUAUAAAAGCAUAUUUAAUAUAAACCUAUUUUAUUUUUUGUAUUUCUAUGUUUAUCCUUUCUUUUUGGUUGUAAAUAUUCACCCUCAUAUGUGAGGCCAUGGAAAUCUGUGGUGGUUUUUUAUGUUUUUGUGUUGGAUCUCACAGCUUCAGUAAAAGUGGCGAUUAACUUAUUGCAGUUCA